UCAUCACCAACUGGUAGAGUUUCCUGUGUAGGAUAGUAUCAGGAAUAGCUUUGAUAGAUGGUGAUUGACCGAUUUUAAUUGUACGAAUUUCAUAUCAAUGUGUGCAUUCAAUUUUUAAAAAUGUAUAAAAAUAUAAAAUAUUGAUAAUAAAUUAUGAAGCAAAAUCUAUCGAAUGAGAAAAAACAUGAUAAGAAAUUAACACAAGAAUCCUAACCUUGUUAAAGAUGAAGUCAGGCACUAUGGACAAACAUAGAGGUUCUACGCUUUUAAAAGCGGAAGAAAAUGAACAAGUCUUCCAAUUGAUAGGAAAUCGGUGUCAGUGUCUAGCAGCUGGAGUUAUUCAAUUAUAUUUGACUGAACCGCCUUUACAUAAAGAAUGGAUAAAGAAAACUACAGGUAUUAUAACAUUGAUAAGAGAUAAUCCUAGACGUAGUUUUUUCCUUCGUUUGUAUUGCUUACAAAGGAAAGCAAUGUUAUGGGAACAUGAAGUUUAUAAUGCAAUGGAUUAUAAAGCACCAUUGAUUUAUUUUCAUACAUUUGAAGCAGAAGAUUGUAUGGCUGCUUUUAAUUUUGCAAGUGAAACAGAUGCUGUUACUCUAAGAAAUAUUCUUCUUGGUAAACUGAAUACUAAACGUCAGAGAAGGCAACAAAGACGAUCUAAAGUAGAAGGAGAAACUCAGCAUGGUGCAACAUUACCAUGGAGGAAUCAAAGCAAUACAUCACCAAUUGCAUUUAAUACAGGAUCAACUUCUAAUUUAUUAAAUGGAACUCCAACUGCUAUUGGUGUUAAUAGGAGUGCUUCUAGUAGUUCUAUGUAUAAAAGUAAAAAGAAAAAGCGAGAUAAAAUUAAGAAAAAAUUAACUAAAGAUGAUAUUGGGCCUCCAUCCGAUUUUAGACAUGUUACGCAUUUUGCAUGGAAUGCUAAUAGUAAAGAAUUGGAAUUAGAAAAAAUUGAUCCGCAUUUAAGAAUGUUUCUUGAUAAGGUUGGUGUAUCGGAAUGUCAAUUCAGAAAUCAAGACACGCGUGAUUUUAUUUAUGAUUUUAUUGAAAAACAUGGUGGUAUGAAUGCUAUUAGAGAAGAUAUAAAUUCAUCUAUCCCAAAAACUAAUGCACAACAACAAUUGCAACAGCAAAUACGACAACCUCCAACAGCACUUCAAAGACAGGAAUAUCCUCCUCCAGUUCCUGCAAGAACAGUACCUCAUCAAACUCGAAUUGCUCCACCAUUACCUCCAAAUCGAUUUAAUGCACCUUCAACACCACCAAGUGCACCAUCAAGUGCACCACCAGUUCAUAGAACAUUGCCAACUCGACCACCACCACCUUCUUUAACUUCUGCACCAUCACUGCCACCACCUCCACCUCCACCUCCUCCACCACCACCUCCACCUGCUCCAGCUCCACGCUCAAAAAGUAAUUUGACUACAUCUGUUCCAAUUCCACCACCAUUACCUAAUUUAUUAAGUCCUGAUGAUGGAACUAUUAAUACAAGUGCUAUCAAUAAUAAUAAUACUAGUAAUAAUAAUAAUAAUGAAGAUAUUGCUGACUUGAGAUCAACUCUUAUGGAAUCUAUAAGGAGUGGCACUACUCUUCGAAAAAUCGAUAAAUCGGAAAUAAAACAAAAUCCUCCACCAGACGAUUCUAGAAAUGCUUUAUUAGAACAAAUUCGUCAAGGAAUUGAAUUAAGACCCGUUUCGAAUGAAGCAAAAAAUAAAACAACAUCAACAUUUCAAGGAGGUUUGGCGAGUGCUUUGUCAAGGGCUCUUGCUGAGCGAUCGAGUGCAAUACAUAGUGAAAGUGAUGAUUCAACUAGUGAAUCCAGUGAUGAUUAUGAAUGGGAUGAUUAACUCAGAUGAAAUAUAUAAUUCGAGAAAUGAAAUAAUAUAUCACUGUGAUAAAUCUGCUAUCAAUAAAUAUGUAAACAGAAUAGCUAUAAAUGUAUAAUAUAAAGAUUUUGAAUUAGAUAUCCAAAGAAGCAUGAAAAUCAUAUGUAAAUUUUUCAAAAAAGAAAUUACUUAAAUGUGUUAUCAGGAAGUAAGGCACAAUUAUAUGGAUAGGACAAGUAAGAGCAGAAUAAAAAUCUUAGUAUAAUAUCGACAAAAUUAUAAUAUAUUUAUCUGAAAAAAAAAAAAA